AUGUCCAGAUUCACUGCAAUUUUCAUACUUCUCACGUUACUUGCUGUACAAGGCUUUCAUCCAAGCUUGUGUGACGAUGAAGACAACGAGAUUGGAAGCUGCAUUUUGACACCUAAUGUAACUGUUUCUGGAGAUGGAAGUGGAGACUUCAAGACAAUCUCAGAAGCUGUGGCGUCAGUGCAAAACAACAACAAAAUCCGAUUCAACAUCUUCGUUAAAGAAGGUGUUUAUUACGAGAAUGUCUUAGUUCCAAAGAAAAAAGACAAUGUGUUGAUCUAUGGGGAGGGUAUGGCAAAUACAGUGAUCUCCAGCAAUCUAAGCAGGUUGGAGUUUCCAAAAUCCACUACUGCUGCCACAGCAACAUUCUCUGUUUUUGCUGACAACUUCAUAGCUCGAGACAUCAAAUUUGUUAAUACUGCUGGACCAGAGAAGUUCCAGGCUGUUGCAUUCCACUCUAAAUCCAACCACUCUGCCAUGUUUAGAUUGGAUUUUAUCUUCGGGAACGCCGCAGCCGUGUUCGAUAUGUGCUCCAUCCGUGCAAGAAAACCUCUUAUGCAACAAGUUGUGACGGUUACAGCUCAGGGGGCGGAUAACCAGGAGAAAUCUGGUUUCUCCAUCAUAAGGAGCAAGAUCUUGAGGUUCGAAGACGAAGAGUUCACGGCUGUUGCGUAUUUUGGUCGGCCUUGGAAGAGCCACGCCACAGUGGUGAUUAUGGAAACAGAACUUGGGAGCUUGAUUGAUCCCAAAGGGUGGGUUGCAUGGAACAGCUCGGCAGAUCCUCCACCUCCAACGGUGAACCUUGGUGAAUUUCGAAACUAUGGCCCCGGUUCAGACGUGAGAAACCGGGUCACCUGGGUUGGGUAUAACCCGGUGAUGGCGGAGGAGGAUGCACAAAGGUUUACCAUUGAUGGAUUCAUUAACAAACUGGGAUGGCUAAAUGUGUCUUGUGUUCCUUAUAAUGGGUCUCUGUAA